CAGCCCUACAGCAGCUCCCCGCUUCCGGGCACAGGAAAGCAGGAGGGUGUGGAAUCAGGGAUGCCGGGUUGCACAAAGCAGCUCCGAAGAAGACGCUUCACUUUCCACUAAGGUAGUAAUCGGUGAGGGAAUGCGCAGGCUUGGAAACUGCUUCCGGAAUGAAGUACUGCGCUUGCGCAUCCCCGCCCCUUUCCUUCGGCUGCAGCAGCGGCUCAGGACUGCAGACUUGAAUCCCCACCAAUGGACCUGGUUGGUUUUGGUUAUGCAGCCCUUGUGACAAUUGGAAGUAUUUUGGGAUAUAAGCGAAGGGGUGGAGUUCCAUCCUUGAUUGCUGGUCUUUCUGUUGGAGUUUUGGCUGGGUAUGGAGCCUAUCGUGUCUCAAAUGACAAACGGGAUGUCAAAGUGUCAUUGUUUACAGCUUUCUUCUUGGCCACCAUAAUGGGUGUGAGAUUCAAGAGAUCCAAGAAAAUAAUGCCUGCUGGGCUGGUUGCAGGCUUAAGCCUCGUGAUGAUCUUAAGACUGGUCCUGCUGUUGCUUUAGCACCCAGAGAAGCCAAGAGGCAACCUCCUAUCAUUCUACUGUACCCGGCAGAGCAGCUUCUUGCAUUCAAAAGAUCAGUUUAAAUAGGUGGUAAAUUUUUUACACUGAAAUGAAAAUAUGUUUGUCUCCCCGACAUUUAAAAACUCAUUGGCAAUAUUUGCUUGCCCUCCCCUUUUUCAUUUAAAGCACAAGUUUCAGCUGUUCUUUUUGUUAACCCUGGGUC